AUGCCAGGCCGGGGCGCGCAGCCCGCAAGUGGCUGCGCCGCCCGCCAGUCGGCUGCCGGAGCCGAGCGCCCGCCCCCGAGCGCGGGUGAUGCACGGUGCGCCGCGCAGGGCCUCUCCGCGCGCGGGGGGCUGCUAGCUAAACUUAUCCUCCUGCAUAUGCAUGAACGUGUGGCCUUUCUGCUCGGCAAAGGAAAGGCCUGGAGUUUGCGGAAGGCUGCUAAGUGGAGCGAGAGCAAAGUGGAACGGCUGAAGCCAAAGGGCCUGGGUCCUGAAAGAAGUCUGGAUCUAGCCCAGAGUGAGGUCCGACACGUGAUCCCCUACCCCCAGUGGGCCAUCUGUUCUCCUUCCUUCCCGCCGGGAGGCUGGCAGCUCUGCCCAGCACCGUCCACCCUUCCCAGCAGGAAAGAGAGGCCCCUUCUCUACCCUAAGCUGGCCCAAACACCUGCUCAAAGAAUCAGCUCAAGUUUUGACUCGGCAUUGCAUUUGCUCAUCAACCCUGCCCUCGCAUACAUAUCUCACUUCUACUACCAGCCACCCAAAACACGGGGAUGUGUCCGGUUUCACUACAGCUCUCGGCGUUUACAAGUGUGGAGCGCCUGCUUUCGGAGCGCCGUCCUGAUUGGCUGGGCCCAUGUCAGUGACAUCAACCAACUUACUUUUGAUUGGAAGGCUGGUUGCUGGGACUCUAGCGUUUGCAGGAAGUCACUUAACUGUUUGCAAGCUGGAAAACCGAACCUGAACUUUUCUUUUGUCACGAGAGCGAGCGCAAGUGCCUGGGGAAGGCGUGUCCCGCGGCUCCGCAGGCGGGACCGCGGGCCCGGAGGCCCCGGCGCCGCUCCCGGACCGAGAGGCGCUCCCGAGGAAGGGCAGCGGCUCCCUUCCAGCCUCCCGGCUGUUACCCUUUUAAAUGUCAGCGUUCGAGGCUGUCGGGGUAGCACGAGGCAGCGAAACGGAACAGUCGGAUUGGCCGCACGCCUCGGUUCUAGACGCACCUCUCCACCGAAAGGCCGUUCUGACUGGCAGGGGGAGAAAGUAAACAGAGUUGAAUCACCCUCCCCACUGGCCAAUUGGAGGGGGUUUGGACUGUGACGUGAUGGGAUUCUGCGAAAU